AUGCAGGUCCCACCUAAGAGGUUCUCAGCAGUGAAUUUCCUCAGUACCUUUCUCCAGGGCCGAAGGUUCUCCACAUCAGACCCUCUCCUGUGUAUGCAGCAGCAACAGCCCAGCAGCUCCAUGGCCAAGACGCUCUCCCCGUCCACUCUUCAGGUGAUGGUGGCUAUGGCCUCCAUCAGCUGUGCAGAGGGAAAGCCAACUUUCUCUGAGAGAAAAAGAAAUUCAGGACGUCCAACACCAAAGUAUACAAAAGUAGGGGAGCGUUUACGACAUAUCAUUCCUGGAUAUAUGGCCUGUUCCGUGGCAUGUGGUGGUAGAGCCUGCAAGUAUGAAAACCCCACCCGCUGGAGCGAUCAGGAGCAAGCCAUUAAGGGUGUCUACUCAUCCUGGGUCACUGAUAAUAUACUUGCCAUGGCUCGCCCAUCCACAGAGCUCAUUGAAAAGUACCACAUCAUCGAGCAGUUCCAAAGCUGUGGCAUAAAAACAAUAAUUAACCUUCAGCGUCCUGGUGAGCAUGCUAGCUGUGGUCACUCUCUGGAACAAGAAAGUGGUUUCACUUACCUUCCUGAAGCUUUCAUGGAGGCUGGCAUUUAUUUCUACAAUUUCGGAUGGAAGGAUUAUGGUGUAGCAUCUCUUACUACAAUCUUAGAUAUGGUGAAGGUGAUGACAUUUGCCUUACAGGAAGGAAGACUAGCUAUUCAUUGUCAUGCAGGGCUUGGGCGAACAGGUGUUUUAAUAGCAUGUUAUUUAGUUUUUGCAACGAGAAUGACUGCUGACCAAGCCAUUAUAUUUGUUCGGGCAAAGCGACCAAAUUCCAUACAAACUAGAGGACAACUCCUAUGUGUAAGGGAAUUUACACAGUUUCUGAUUCCUCUUCGCAAUAUAUUUUCUUGCUGUGAUCCCAAAGCACAUGCUGUCACUUUAGCUCAAUAUCUAAUUCGCCAGCGUCAUCUACUUCAUGGUUAUGAAGCACGACUUCUGAAAUACGUGCCAAAAAUUGUUCACCUAGUUUGUAAAUUGCUGCUGGAUUUGGCUGAGAACAGGCCAGUGGUGAAGGAGGUGUCAGAAAUACCAGACCUCUCUGCUGAAAUCGAAAAGACAGUUUCUGAAAUGGUCACUUUGCAACUGGAUAAAGAGUUAAUGAGGCAUGACAGUGAUGCAUCAGACCCUUUCAUCCCCAUGGCAGCAGCUUGUGAAAAUCAGGAUGUCAUUCUUUCCAGUGAGCAAGAACUUGAUCCCCUUUGGAAGAGGUGGAAUGUUGAAUGCCUUCAACCAUUGACACAUUUGAAAAGGCGGUUUAGCUACAGUGACUCAGAUUUAAAGCGGGCUGAGUUACUUUUGGAAGAAGGUGUGACUCCAUGGACAGUGCCUGCCCACGUCUUGCUUUGCCAUAAUGUCAAGCAGCAGAAAACCAUAAGCCAUUGUUAUGUUCCACAGUCAGCACAGCUAGAUUUAAAGAAAAAAACUUUGCUACGCAAUACAUUUUCUUUCUGGAAUCAGGCUAAGUAUGGAGGCUUGGAAGGACUCAAAGAUGAUGAAUUACCACUUUUCCAUACGAAGGAUAUUCCAAAGGAAGUACAGCGGAGUAGAACAUUUUCCUCAAGAGUUUCAGGUUUAUACCACCCUGGAGAACCAGUUACACCCAAUUUUGUAAAUAUCCAUAAGGAACCAAACCACUCUCACCAGCAAAUGGACCAUUGUCAGUGUGAAACUCAUGACAGUUGGGGCCAGGAGUCCAUCCUGGUGAGUGGUGGAACUUGCUGUCCCCCUCUAAACUGUGGCUCUACUCCUAAAGUGAAAUUCUCUGUUGGACAUAAAAACAAAGAGAGCAAAAACCCAUCAGAAGUUGCUCCACAGGUUACUUUGCAAUCUGAAUUGAGUGUGGAGGCAAGAAGAAUACUGGCAGCCAAAGCUCUGGCAAAUUUAAAUGAAUCUGUAGAAAAAGAGGAAGUAAAAAAGAAGGUAGAAAUGUGGCAGAAAGAACUAAAUUCACGAGAUGGAGCUUGGGAAAAAAUAUGUGGAGAACGGGAUCCUUUCAUCCUGUGCAGUUUGAUGUGGUCUUGGGUGGAACAACUGAAAGAACCUGUAAUAACCAAAGAGGAUGUGGACAUGUUGGUUGACAGGCACACAGAUGCCGCUGAAGCUCUCUUUUUAUUAGAGAAGGGGCAACACCAGACUAUUCUUUGCAUUUUACAUUGCAUAGUGAAUCUGCAGACAAUUCCUGUGGAUGUGGAGGAAGCUUUCUUGGCUCAUGCUAUCAAAGCUUUUACUAAGGUUAGUUUGGAUUCUGAAAAUGGACCAGUAGUUUACAACACCUUGAAGAAAAUAUUUAAACACACGCUGGAAGAAAAAAGAAAAAUGACAAAGGACAGCCCUAAGCCUGACUUCUAG